CGAUGAACGCAAGUGUCAAUAUAUUUUUGAAGAUCUGCUAGGAAAGAAAUUUCCAUCCUGUAGACCAUCAUUUUUGAAUGGGAUGCAUUUGGAUGGUUAUAACAAGGAAUUGCAUUUUGCUUUUGAAUUCCAGGAUCCUCAACACUAUCAUCUUAAUUCAAUGUUUUAUAGGAGAGGGAAUAAAGAUUUGGAAGAACAAAAAUCACGAGAUCAGAAGAAGCAGGAUAUAUGCAAGGAGCAAGGUAUAUGUUUUAUCGAAGUGCCAUAUACAUAUGACCUUUUCCCUUACAUUAAGCAUACGCUAAUUGAGAAAGGAUUCUUGAAUGAAGUGAAGCCCAACCCUUGA